AUGGACGACGGGGAAAAAAUGGAUAAAGACCGCAGAACCCAAGAUACCGCUGAAGCGGUCACCGCCCCUACCACAGCAGAAACUCUCGCUUUCUGGCCACAACCAUCAGCCAAAAUAACCCAUACGGAUGAUGGGAAAGCUUCAGCCAAAGGCAAGGAAACAAAGGAUGAUGAGCACAAUAUCAUUGACUCUGCCAAUUUGAAACUUCCAGCCAUGGCAUCUCGGUUUAGUGACAUGGAUUCCUCAAAUGAUAUCCCUCAAGAAAGCCCUCUUGACCGAAACACACCCGCUGAUUCAGUUUCGAAUAAUCAAGCUUUCAUAGAGGAAAUUGUAGGUGGAAUUGAGCCAAUCCCCGUGGCAUCUUCGACGGUGCGUCGAAGUGCAAACAACGAGCAAUGGCACCGUCCUGGGGCCUACAGGGAUGCAAACAUGCUGCCUGUAUCAGAACUUGACUUUAGGCUUGUUGGAACCAAUGGCAGCAGUGGCAAUCAAAAUGCUAUGGAAGAGCCUGCUAGUGUUGUUGUCCCAGCAGACACUGAUACUGUCCAAAUGCCAACAAUUUCCAGUGACCACGGACUGGUUGAAGCUAGAGCCAUUACUGAAUCCAGUGUGCUCGUAUGUCAAGAAGCCCAGAAAGUUGAUGAUGCAGUAUUGGAACAACAAACCGACAGACAGGAAAAGGAGAGACAUUGCCAAAGAGUAGGCUACACAAUAAUUUUUUGCUCAAUUAUCAUCAUCGCCAUCAGUCUGGGAGUUGGGCUGAGGCCGACACCAGAAGCCAUCAAAAAUGCUAUACCAACAUUUGCACCAACCAUAGCCCCAACCCCACUGGAAUCAUUCCUUUUGUCGUUGCUCCCUGAGCAAACUAUCACUGGAAUUGAAGACAAGGAUUCAGCACAAUACCAAGCUUUUAAAUGGCUACAAGAGGAUCCUUCUGUCUAUGACUAUCCAGAUUGGCGGAUUCUCCAAAGGCAUGCUCUGAUGACUGUCUUCUAUGCGACCGCUGGCCCAACGCUAUGGUUCAACAACACAGGGUGGGGAAACUACAAUCAGCAUGAAUGUGUAUGGUUUCAAAAUCGAGAAUUUGCGAUGAAGACAACUCUACAAGCAUUGUACCCUGGUCUCCUAUCAUACUUCUUGAUUCCUCAACCUGACAGCCAAUGUGACAAGCAAGGGCGCUAUCAGCAUUUGUGGUUGGAUUAG